AUGCGCCCUCCAUUGAUCGGUCAAUCAGACACCCGGUCUCUGCUGGAAUGGAUUGACGAGGAAUAUGCGAGCUGUGCUGGAGGCAUGGCAAUGCCCGCAGGCACGAGUCUCCGUAUCCUAAAUGAAAGCGGUCCUACGCCCAGUAAAAACGUUUCAGACAUCACUCAGCAUUCCCCAAACUUGUCGGGAACGUCCCCGGGCGCCGAGGCGGGACCGUCGGCGUCAGAUCCAGCAGUCGCCUCAUAUCACCACACUGGCCCAGAACACUACUCGAUUAAACGAAUAGCACACUACCGUGUCGAAAAGCGUUACCGCACAAAUAUCAGCGACAAGAUCCGAGUCCUGGAUGAAAUGCUACCGAGGCCUUCACCAGCCGACCAGCAACAGCCGGACCAGCCUGAAAGUGGUGGACAAGACGACACCCAUCAGUGCGACGAUGGUGCGGCAAUCAAGAGGAGCAAGGGCGAGGUUCUGUCACGAGCUAUUGAUUACAUCGUACACUUGAAGAGAAAGGCGGAUUGGCAGGAGAAAAAGAUUCAAGAGCUCAGCGGACGCAUCUGGGCAUCCAGAAAGGCGUUGGAGUUGGGACACGAUGUUGACAUGUUUGCUGCUUGA